AUGAGCUAUAUCCACCUUAUAACUUUACUGACAUACUGGUACUGCAAGAACAUCAUGUAUCAAAAAUUAUUUGCGGGCUAUUCUCUGGAUGGGACGUACACGGGGCGGACUGCAAUCCGCUGCAGCGCUGCUUUCAAGCACGAUUUGCGAAAAGCUGGUGGGCUUGGUGUGCAGCGGCAGAUAGGCCGACCCCAUGACAGCCGUUCAAACGAACCAAUGUUAGGCGUGAAAAUCAAUUUGACACAUCAGAGGAACAAGGAUGCAGCUGAGUCCCCUAGUAUUCACUAUGCAGCUCGACAAGAUGAACAAACUUACGUGACAGUUACACUACUUCCUUGUUAUCUGGCGACAAUUCGACCUUGCACUGCUGGCCCGUGUGCUGCAGUGAAGGUCACUUUACUUCUUUUUUUGCUUCUACUUAUGACAGUUCGUCAAUGA